AAGAAAAUAGCUCCAAUAAUUCUUCACCAAAAUUAACAUGAAGAGUAGCAGUACCAAAUCUCAUCCCCCAUGGCUUCCUGUGCCAUUCUUUCUCGUCUUCUGCUUACACGUCAUAGCCACAGCAGAGUCGUCCCGCGUUGCAGCCAGCGCCGGUGCCUUUAGAAGAAAACUGGACGAUAUAGCUGGCUCCAUCGACAUAGACUGCGGAUUACCCACCGGCGCCACAUACACCGACCCGAUCACCGAGAUACCUUACAUCGCCGACGACGCCUACAUCACCACCGGCGUCAACUCCGAGAUCUCGUCGAUCCACAUCUCCGACGACCUUCCCGUUCCGCUCCGGACGCUGAGGAGCUUCCCGGAGGGGGACAGGAACUGCUACAGCAUGAGGCCGCCAGAGGGGAGGGACAAGAUCUACUUGAUCAGGGCUACUUUCUUGUACGGUAACUACGACGACAACGACCGCCUGCCGGAAUUCGACGUGUUCGUCGGAGUCAACCGCUGGGCCUCGUUGAGGUUUGACAAUGCUUCCCAUGUGGUGAACAAGGAGAUCAUUCAUGUUCCGCCGUUGGAUCAUAUUUACAUAUGUCUGGUAAAUACUGGACUUGGGACUCCGUUCAUUUCGGCUUUGGAGGUCAGGCACUUUCACAACUCGACUUAUACUUCCGUGAGUGGGGCGCCGCUGGUGCUUUACGAGAGGCUGGAUUUUGGAUCGGCAACGGGGGAGAUUAUCAGGUACAACGACGAUGCGUAUGAUCGAAUGUGGUAUCCAUACAAUUGCUACAGCUGUGGAACCAUCAACACCACACUAACAAUUGAUUCUGUGAACCGAACGGAUUUCAAUUUGCCCUCAAAAGUUAUGAAGACAGCAACACGACCAACGGACGAGAACAAGCCACUGAGUUUCGAGCUCAACACUAGAGAGGCAACCUUAGACUUCUACAUCUAUAUGCACUUUGCCGAGCUCGAGGCCCUACAGGAGGGAGAAUCAAGGGUAUUCGACAUUUCUCUCAAUGGCAUAGUUCUGAGAAGAAAUGUAGUUCCAAUCUAUCUUCAUUCCACAACUAUCACCAGCCCACAGUCCGUGAGGGGAUCCAAGCUCAAUUUCUUGUUGAGCAAGUCCAUGAACUCUACGCAUCCUCCUAUUCUUAAUGCUCUCGAGGUGUUUGUUAUUCGUCCAUUUUGGCAGAGCCCAACCGAUCAAGCAGAUGUUGAUGCUAUUGAGGACAUAAAGUCAACAUAUGGGGUUCAGAAAGGGUGGCAAGGAGACCCAUGUGCUCCAAUUCAUCCCUGGAAUGGACUAAAUUGCAGCAACAAUGGUUAUAGGCCUUACAGAAUCAUCUCAUUGAAUUUGUCAUCAAGUGGACUAACAGGACAAAUACCUAUCUCAUUGUCCAACCUUCAUAUGCUAGAACACUUAGACUUGUCGAACAACAGCAUAUCAGGAGAAGUGCCGCUAUUUCUAUCAGAACUACCAAGUUUGAGGACUUUGAAUUUGGGGGGAAACCAAUUGUCUGGGCCAGUUCCUUCAUCUUUCAUCGAAAAAUCAAAUAAUGGGUCACUCAUCUUAAGUCUACAUGGGAACCCGAAACUCUGCACCCAAUCUCCUUGCAAGAAAAAGAAAAGUAGCAUUUUUGUUCCUGUCAUCGCGACUAUCGUCCCUUUGUUCGUCAUCACCUUGGCAUUUCUCAUACUCUGGAAGUACAAGAGAAGUACUAAAGGCAAGAGAAUUGGAAAAUCUCAUGGAGCAUUAGGAUCAGGAAUGAAGUUGGAGAGCAGGGAAUUCACUUACCAAGAGAUCAUUAGAAUCACCGAUAACUUCAGAACUAUCAUCGGGAAAGGAGGAUUUGGUGUAGUUUACCAUGGCCACUUGGAUGAUGGAACCAGAACAGAAGUUGCUAUCAAGUUGCUCUCUCCAUCAGCAACUCAUGGCUCUAUCCAGUUUCAAACUGAGGCGCAGCUACUAACAAGAAUUCAUCACAAGAACUUGGCAUCAUUUGUAGGAUAUUGCAACGAUGGAACCAAUGUUGCAAUUUUGUAUGAGUACAUGGCAGGUGGAGAUCUGGAGAAAUAUAUAUCAGUCCUAGAUUGUUCGAGAAGGGUAUUGAGUUGGAAAGAGAGGCUACAAAUUGCAUUGGAUGCAGCCCAAGGCCUGGAGUAUUUACAUAUUGGUUGCAAACCACCAAUAGUCCAUAGGGAUGUGAAGACCUCUAACAUUCUAUUGAAUGAUAAAAUGCAGGCGAAGAUAGCAGAUUUUGGUUUGUCAAAACUCUUCCCAGUUGAGAGCCAAAGCUAUUUGUCCACAAGGGUUGUUGGCACUGUUGGUUACCUCGAUCCCGAGUACUAUACAUCAAACAGACUGACAGAAAAGAGCGACGUUUAUAGCUUUGGCAUAGUUCUCCUACAAUUGAUCACUGGCAGGCCUGCUAUAAUAGUUGGGCACAAUGAGAACACACAUAUCGGCAACUGGGCAAGGCCCUUGAUCGCAAAGGGGGACCUGAGGAACUUAGUCGAUCCUCGCCUACUUGGAAAUUUUGACACCAACUCAGCUUGGAAGUUACUAGAGGUUUCGAUCUCUUGCAUCCGAUCAAUCUCCAUUCAAAGGCCAAUGAUGAACCAUGUAGUUUCUGAGCUCAAAGAAUGCCUAGAUGCAGAGGUUGCUAAUGAGGAGAGUGCAAGAGUGAAUGAAGAUGGGGAAGUGGAAGAAGAAUUCAAUAAUGAUUCUUUUGCAAUGAGUAGUAGUACCAAAGGUGUCGAACUUGAACAAGGGCCCGAAGCAAGGUAAUCAUAAAUAGUUCAUGCAGUAGUGUGAUUGUUAUCCAUCAUGUACAAAUAUCUUCAGGAGAUAGAUGUCUUUAUAUAUUCAUGUGGAUAUUAUGUAUUUAAGAACAAUGACUUGAAUUUUUCUUAUAUAUUCAAUUUACUUUUGCAAGGCAUUAAGUGUAAGUUACCAGAAGUCUCAACUGUUGCUAAGUUUUACAAAACAAAUAUUGAUAUCAAGUUACUAACACCAAGAUCUAAG